AUGGCCAAGAUGUGUGUUGAGGCCCGUCGUUUAGAUGUAUCACGCCUCUGCCUAGGAAAGAUGGGCAAUGGCUUAGGGGCUCUGCAAUUGCGAUUAGCCUGUGAAACAGAGUCGGAUACUUCAAUUCAGGCAGGUCAUUUGGCGCUCCAAUUAGGCAUGAAUGACAAGGCCAAGCAGAUAUUUGCCGAUGCCGGUCGUUGGGAUCUAGUAGGCCGCAUUUACCAAGCCCUAGGACAGUGGGACUCCGCCCUCCAAGUGAUCGAAAAACAUAACAGAGUUAGAAUUCGUUCAGCGCACUAUGCAUUUGCUAAGGAGCUCGAGGCCGAGGGCAAAGUUGAUGAGGCCAUAGAGCAGUCCCAGACACCAAUAAAAGAGGAGCAGUGA